AUGCAAAGAGCGGCAGAUGCAGUCAUCAAAGAUGGAAGAAAAAUAAAAACUGUUGCUAAGGAAUUAGAUAUUUGUCAUAUGACAUUAUACAGGUUUAUUAAAAAGCUAAAAUCUGGAGUCGAAAACGUUACGGUUGGCUACAAAAAAGUAAGAUUGGUCUUUAGUGAAGAACAGAAAAAUAUAUUAGCAGAGUAUCUGUUGAAAUGUGCUGCAAUCUUCUUCGGUCUUUUACCAGAAGAAGUACGAAAAUUAGCAUCCGAAUGUGCACAAAAAUUUAACACACCUAAUAUUCCGUUAUCUUGGAUGUCUAGACGGCUAAAAGAUGACGAUAUUGAGGAUUUACUUGCACGAAUAGAAAAUGGAGACAUUUCUGAAGACGAAGAGGAUAUGGGUGAUAUGAACGAAAUUGAUUAUCACCCGGACCUACAAGAUCUAAUAAGCGAAUUAGAGGACAAUAAUGAUGACGAUGAAGAAGACAAUGAAAAUCCACCUUCGAACAUGGAAGAAGGAUGGUUGGAUCACUUCAAUAGUCCAGCUCCAGGACCUUCGAAUUGUCAACCACAUUUAAGCCUUCUUGGUGUUGCAGCGUGGAGGCAACGAAGUAGAGAACUUAUAUGGAAAAAGCGUAAUUUGCAAUACAGUGAAAAACGUAUACGUUUCACAGGAAAUACAGACCUUUCCCCUCCACUAGCCGCGCUUGAAACACCAUUCCAAUUUUUCUCCGAAUUUAUGAAUGAAGAUAUACUCACUGUUAUUGUGGAACAAACAAAUUUAUACAUCACGCAAAUAAAUGUAUCCAACUGUCCUCCUGUAAUUUCAGAUUAG